CCGCUUCUUGCCUUUGCUUUCCCUAAGAACUGUUAACCCCAGGUGCACUUGGUUUCUGUUUGCGCACAUCCUGCCAGCCAGGGUCCGGUCUCAGCCUUUGGACUUCUCCUUCGGAUCCAAAACCGCGACUGAUGGUGCCAGCGGGCUAGCUGGGUGUGGGAAGAAGUGUCAGGCUCUGGCCACGAGGAAAACAGGGCUGCUAGCCAGAAAAGUGCAAUGUUCAUAAUAUUAUAAUGUCAUCUCAGUAUGCUGAGAAACCGCAUCAAUGGAGCACAUUCAGGGAGCUUGGAAGACUAUCAGUAAUGGUUUUGGACUCAAGGAUUCUGUCUUUGAUGGCCCAAACUGUAUUUCCCCUACUAUCGUUCAGCAGUUUGGUUAUCAACGCCGAGCAUCUGAUGAUGGCAAAAUAUCAGAUACUUCCAAAACUAGUAAUACUAUUCGUGUUUUCUUGCCCAACAAGCAACGCACGGUGGUAAACGUGCGAAAUGGGAUGACCUUACAUGACUGUCUUAUGAAGGCACUUAAAGUAAGAGGUCUGCAGCCAGAAUGCUGUGCAGUUUUUCGACUUCUUGCUGAACCAAAAGGAAAAAAAGUGCGUUUGGAUUGGAAUACAGAUGCUGCCUCCUUGAUUGGAGAGGAACUGCAAGUGGACUUCCUUGAUCAUGUUCCACUCACUACACACAAUUUUGCUCGGAAGACAUUUCUAAAGCUUGCUUUCUGUGACAUCUGCCAGAAGUUCCUGCUAAAUGGGUUUCGGUGUCAGACAUGUGGUUAUAAAUUCCAUGAACACUGCAGCACUAAAGUUCCAACCAUGUGUGUCGACUGGAGCAAUAUCAGGCAACUCUUAUUGUUCCCAAAUUCAAAUAUCAGUGACAGUGGUGUCCCUGCACUACCUCCCUUGACAAUGAGACGGAUGCGGGAGUCUGUCUCCCGGAUACCUGUUAGUUCCCAGCACAGGUAUUCUACACCUCAUGCCUUCACAUUCAACACAUCAAAUCCUUCCUCUGAAGGCUCUCUUUCCCAAAGACAGCGAUCUACAUCCACACCAAAUGUCCAUAUGGUUAGCACUACAAUGCCUGUAGACAGCCGGAUAAUUGAGAAUAACAGCCUGAAUGCUUCUCCCAGUUCCUGGUGCAGACGAUUUUGUUUGAGGGGAAGAGAUGCAAUUCGAAGCCAUAGUGAAUCAGCCUCACCCUCUGCUCUGUCUGGAAGUCCUAACAAUAUGAGUCCAACUGGCUGGUCUCAGCCCAAAACCCCAGUCCCAGCCCAAAGAGAGCGAGCCCCUGGAUCUAACACACAAGAAAAAAACAAAAUUAGGCCUCGUGGACAGAGAGAUUCCAGUUAUUACUGGGAAAUAGAAGCAAGUGAAGUCAUGCUUUCUACCAGAAUAGGGUCAGGUUCUUUUGGAACAGUUUACAAAGGCAAAUGGCAUGGGGAUGUAGCAGUGAAGAUACUAAAGGUUGUAGAUCCAACCCCAGAACAGUUCCAGGCUUUCAGAAAUGAAGUGGCUGUAUUAAGGAAGACUCGGCAUGUUAAUAUUUUGCUCUUUAUGGGCUACAUGACUAAAGAUAAUCUGGCCAUUGUUACACAGUGGUGUGAAGGAAGCAGUCUGUAUAAACACCUGCAUGUUCAAGAGACCAAGUUCCAAAUGUUCCAGCUCAUUGAUAUUGCUCGGCAGACAGCACAGGGAAUGGACUAUUUACAUGCAAAGAAUAUCAUCCACAGAGACAUGAAAUCCAAUAAUAUAUUUCUUCAUGAAGGCCUCACAGUGAAAAUAGGAGACUUUGGUCUGGCAACUGUAAAAUCCAGGUGGAGUGGAUCUCAACAGGUGGAACAGCCCACUGGCUCAAUCUUGUGGAUGGCACCAGAAGUGAUACGGAUGCAGGAUAGUAACCCGUUUAGUUUUCAGUCAGAUGUCUACUCCUAUGGAAUAGUAUUAUAUGAACUAAUGACAGGAGAGUUGCCAUACUCCCACAUAAACAACCGAGAUCAGAUUAUUUUCAUGGUUGGCCGAGGGUAUGCUUCUCCAGACCUCAGUAAAUUGUACAAGAACUGCCCCAAAGCAAUGAAGAGGCUUGUAGCAGAUUGUUUGAAGAAAGUUAGAGAAGAACGACCUCUGUUUCCACAAAUACUGUCGUCCAUUGAAUUGUUGCAACAUUCUUUACCCAAAAUCAACCGGAGUGCUUCUGAACCAUCUCUGCAUCGUGCCGCCCACACAGAGGACAUAAAUUCAUGCACAUUAACAUCCACAAGACUACCCGUGUUUUAGGAUCAUGCUCCCCUUCCCUUGUUCUCUCCAGUGAUGGGAAAAGAACAGAAGUAACAGAAGUUGUGCUUUUAAUGCCUCAGUGUACAGGAUCAGUGCCAGCAGGAUUAUCUGCGUCCCAGUUUUAAGAACAAGCUGCUAAGGAUUUCUGCAGUUCUUAUCCUGCAGGGACACAGCUCCACAUUGCCUUUUUCUACAGUUUCUUUUACUGGGACAGUUAAUAGACUACAAAUCAAGAGAUCUAUUACUAUUUUUUUAAUAGAUGCACUUGAGCCUUAUUUUUCCCAUACACAGAAGCGAUGGAUGUUUCUUUGGCAGUGUUUCUGGAUUGAUUUGAAUCUGUUGAUAAAUUGGUAUUUUUUACAGUAAGGAUGGCUUGCCUCAGCGUUUGAGGAAAGAUGAUGCAUUAUGGUGCUCUUUGAUUGCCCCAUGCCAUAUGCCACUUCAAGUUGGGGGGAGUUUUGCCUGAAAUGGGUAUCUGCAAACAAGACUGAGGGAAGAGGAAAAAACUUUCUGGAAAUUAGCUCCUGCCUAAGAGCUUUCAUCAAGCCAAUGAAAUAAGUUAAAAUGCUAAUUCAACACAAAAUAGUUUUGCAAUAGUUUUGCACAUAGAAGAAAAACUCUUGCAAAAGAAUGGAAUAUAUUCUGAAUUGUACUGCUCAGAGAAGGAAGCUAGCCAGUCUUGCUAUGGUCAUCUUCAGUAACUUAAGCAGCUUACUUUGGUACUAUUGACUUGUUUCUUGCAGCCCAAUGAGGUGGUAAGUGCAGAAAGACAGGCUUUUGUGGCUGAGAAAAGGCUAAUUAACAUUAUCCGUAUACUUCUGCAAAAUGAGCAUAGUCUUCACCCCAUCUGAAGCUGUUGUCCAAGAGAUGCACUAUCAAGAGGAAACUGAGCAUAUACAGUUUUUCUUGCUGAUUUGGGUUUUAAUUUUGUUUUUAUUGCUCCUGAGAAAAUGCAUUUAUUGUAAGCCAAGGUUCCUCUGAUUAUCUUAUUUUAAUAAAAUAAAUUAAAUUUUAGGUUUAA